GAUGAAAAGGUGGACGUUAAUCUGCGAUGCACGAAAUGUCAACUGAUCAUGCCAUGCAGCUGUUCCAGCAAUGCAAGAAGGGUUUCUGAAGUGCAGUUAUUGAACUAUGAGUUGUCUGAAAAGCAGGAAUUGGCUGCCGAAACUGUACGUGUCAUGCAAACUCGGAGACGAAAGUCCGUAUCAACAGGUUAGAAAUAUUAUACUUGUAUUUUUCAUCAUCUUUUUAGAGCGAUGGCUUAAAAAUGAAAAGCCAAUUCAAAUGAAAUGGCGACAUCCAUUAUCGUUGUUUCAGAAUUAAAAAAAUAUACAUGAAAAAAUUUCUCAAUUCUGAUUGGCUAAGAGCAGUGGAAUUUUUUCGAAAUACAGUGCAAAUUUCGUUGACUAUAAGAUACUUAUAAGAUACCAAGCAGAAAAUAAUAUACCAAAAACCCAAACAUUUACAACUGACAAUAAUGGCUGGCGUUUUUAGUAGAUUUUCUAUUAAAAUUAUUUAUAUUAAAGGCACAGUUCAGCCUUUUGAAUGAUGUUUUUUAAGGCGCAUUUUAGGCCUUUUAAUUGAAAAAACUAACUAGAAAAAUCAAUUAUGCAUGAUUCAAGAUCAGUAAACUCAAUGUUUUUAACAAUAAAAAUGUUUUAAAAUGUUAAAAACAUUAAGUUUGCUGAUCUUGAAUUAUGCUUAAUUGAUUUUCCUAGUUAGUUUUUUCAAUUAAAAGGCCUGAAAUGCGCCUUAAAAACCAUCAUUCAAAAGGCUGAACUGUGCCUUUAAAAUUAACUAUUUCGCAUGUGACCUACGCGUGAGUAUCCAGGUGUUAGAUAGAUAGAUCGAUCGAUCGAUCGAUAGAUAGAUAGAUAGAUAGAUAGAUAGAUAGAUAGAUAGAUAGAUAGAUAGAUAGAUAGAUAGAUAGAUAGAUAGAUAGAUAGAUAGAUAGAUAGAUAGAUAGAUAGAUAGAUAGAUAGAUAGAUAGACAGACAGACAGACAGACAGACAGACAGACAGACAGACAGACAGACAGACAGACAGACAGACAGACAGACAGACAGACAGAUAGACAGAUAGAUAGAUAGAUAGAUAGAUAGAUAGAUAGAUAGAUAGAUAGAUAGAUAGAUAGAUAGAUAGAUAGAUAGAUAGAUAGAUAGUUUAAUUAAAAAGUUUACAUUGCAGCUCAUAAAAGCUGAAUUGCGUAAUCUAUUUACAAGUUAUUAUAACACGAAUUUAAAAUUACAUUAGAUGCUAAGUUUAGAUAUAAGACAGUUCAAGAAAAUUUUUAACUACAAAGGUCAAAUUGUAUUAAGACUUGCACAUCGAAGGAAUAAAAGUCCGCUUAAAGCGUUCAGUAUCAUUGGAAUAUUGAAGACUCGCUUCUUUCUAAUGUCGUAGUUUUCCUCUUGCAAAGGAGGUAGAAGAUUGUGUAACUUAUGAGAUUCCGAACUCUUGAUGGACGAGAAUAACUUGUCGCAUAACUUCAUACGUCUAUCUUUUAAAGUAGCUAAAUUAAACUUUUGCAGGUUAUAUUCAUAUGACUGGUUCGGGGAAAUGAUAGCCAGCGCUCUCUUUUGGACGUUCUACAAGUCAUCACACAAAUAUUUCGGGAGGGAAUGGUGGAAAACCUGCGAGCAGUAUUCCAACAGAGGUCUAAUACAUGUACAGAAAAAAUUUCGGAUGUCCGCAGUAGGUACUCUAGAACGUUUUAGUAAAAUUAGGAAGUACAUACGCUUAUUAGCUUUUCUAAUUAUUUCACCAAUAUGGACGUUCCACUGGAGGUCAUUUGAGAGAUUCAAACCUAAGAUCUUUACAUGUUUUACAACACUGAGUAGGUUACCAUUUACUGUCAAAGAUUCGAAAACGUGUUUGGAAUGCUUGAAGUCGAUGAUGCGUUCUUUGCAUUUCUUGGCAUUUAGCUCGGCUCAUAUGAACAGGCCCUGUGGUAGGUGUCUCCCUAGACCAUAGUGUGCUUCGAGACUGAAGCCAGUUUUCCACUUCAAUCGUGGCGAAGCGUAGCGCAUUUCUUUGUUUCCUGAGUACUAGAGUGGAACUAAUGCCUUCGACACAAAAGAAAAUGCUACGAUUCGUUAUACGAUACGGUUGAAGUGGAAAAUUGGCUUAUAUAUAACUGGCACAUACUAUUCUUUUAAUUUAUCAUUCUUGCUUAAUUUAUUUCCUUUUGUUAUGCAGAUGCAGGCAACCUCCCCAAGGCAGAACCCACAACGAAAAAAUCAACAGAGAAACGUAUCACUUUGGAGGAUUUCGUAAUAGAAACGGAAAAAAUGGCGGACGUGGGCUUCAGCGCUAGCAAUACCACGACGAAAUGGUUUUCUAGAGGCAGUACCAGUGCUAAAAACAUGUUUAAAGUUAGUACUGAUAAUAAACUAGCGUUAAAACUCUAUGGCAAUAAAGCUGCCGUGGUUAUGGAGCAGAGGCGUCAAGCUCAGAAAGGGGACGGUGUGAUUCACCCAUUCAGCACGUUUCGUUGGUACUGGGAUAUAGUAAUGGUGAUACUUAUUACAACUCAUGUACUACUACUACCGGUCAGCAUUGCCUUUGUGGAUCAAGAAUUGUCACCCGGCUGGCUUGCGUUGAACUGCGUGUCUGAUGCUGUAUUUAUCGUGGAUAUUUUUCUGAACUUUCGAACAGGAGUCAUUGACUUCAGUCGACAGGAAGAAGUGAUUUUGGACAAGAAGAUUAUUCGUACGAAAUAUCUACGUGGUUGGUUUAUCAUAGACGUUCUCUCCUCUUUACCUUUCGAUUAUGUUUAUAUCAUUGCUUCGUCCGGUUCUUCUGGCGAUCCAGACAGCGAGAUACUUCAAGCAUCCAGAAUACUGCGCAUUUUAAAGCUCACAAAGUUGCUGAGUCUGCUUAAACUUCUCAGGGUAUCACGUAUUGUAAGAUAUAUAAAAGAACUCGAAGAGGUAUGGUAUACACUUCAUAGAGAUUGUAAAAGAAUAGAGAGGUCAUUGUGGGGAAAAUCUAGGGACAAAUUGAACCUUCCUGUAACGAGGGCAAGUAACGCUCUCUGAUUGGAUAAAGACUCGUUAACCGGAUGUAAAUUAACAUUCCCGGAUGCAAAGCCGCGAUGUCUAGGAGCAGCGGGAAAUUAUGAAAAUAGUACAACUUUGAAAAUAUCGAUCUUUCAUUUUUUAGCAUAGUUCAAGCAUAAGAUCUCAAAAUCAAAACAAGUUUUGGAACGGUGAAAAUGUUUUAAUUAAAGAGGGUUUUUUUUCGAUGUUGAAGAGCGGUGUUUUCUUCGUGAUUUCGGUGCGUCAUUUUCCACGAUAUAAAACGGAAAUUCCUGCAUUUUUCGCCACAAAUAAACGUAAAACAGGACUGUUGAUAAAACCAGGAUAGAUUUUCUUGGUUUUGCAUCCGGCCGGUAUAACUCAAAUUUGUCUCCAUUGGCAAGCUUCACUUUGUCCCUUUCGUAAUCUCUAUGAUAUAUUUAUUUUAUUUUUUAUUUUAUACUUAACAAGAAACUUUAUGCUCGUGGGGUCCGCGCAUUGAGGGCAUUGUAAGUGAUGGGUAAUCAUGUUAUGGUGAGUGACGGAACUCGUGAUGUUUAAGAAAGACCUUAAAGACGGGUUACAGUCCGCUAACUGUAAACGGCAAACUCCAAAUCGGAAAUUACCGAUUAUUCAUACAACAAUCUAGCCGAUACCAAUUUUAUAAUGACGUCAUAAUGUCAGUCGACCGAGGAAAGGUGACGUCAUUCAUUUCGAAUUUUAACGAUAAUUUCCAACGUAACAUAUUACUGGAACCAAAGUUCGUUUAAACCAUUCAUAAAUGACAUGCUUCACGUAUUCAUUUCGUCGACGCAACUUAUCAGUUCGUUAAAACGCAACCUGUAUCAUCAAGUUUGCCGUUAGCGGUUUGCCGUAAACAUGAAUCUUUUCACGAGUCGCCGGGACGAACAUCGCAUGAUUACUUUUCGCACGUUUUAAAAUUAAUAUUACUGCAUGAUAAAAUUACGAAUUUUACUCACCCAUGUCUUUCAAAACGCACUGUACGUCCAUUUCCAAAUAUUUGUAUAGGAAUUUUUUUUGACAAAGGUCUUGAAAUUCAGUGAAAAGACUUCUGUUGAACCGCCAUUUUGAAUAUUUUUGGUUUGUCCCCAAAUUGCACUUAUUAAUUGCACAGGAGUAAAUUAGUACAGGCAAUCACACGGGAAGGAGUGCGAUUAAUUAUUAACACUACGAGCGAUCUUUGAAAAUGUGCCUUAAUUAGUUUUGUUUAAUCUUGUAACCCUUAAAUAAAAGCAUUAUGGUUUCUAGAAGGAUCCUUGCCCUACUAUUGCAAAUAGUAGGGCAAAAAAUCCCCUGUUCCAUUGAAUCUUUCUAAUGUUCCGAAUGGAAGGGGGGUUAUAUUGCGCGGCACCUUGGGGUAUCGUACGGACCGUCGUUUACCCUCUAAUUUUACUCCAAUCUAGUUGCUGAACAUUCAAAGUGGUCAAAUGCGGAUUCUGAAAUUAAUUGGUUGUAUGUUACUGCUGUCACAUUGGAAUGGUUGCGUACAGUUCCUAAUUCCACGCCUUAUGGGCUUUCCAGAUAAUAGCUGGGUAUCUCUUAAUGGAUUAAAGGUAGGACCACGUAAUACAGGCACAGUCUCUGCUGGGCAGGUUUGGCAGUGGCCAUUCCGAGGAAGGAGGGGAUGAGUUUCUCUACAGCCUUUUCGCUUUACCGACCAACUCAGUUUUACCGAUCAAUUUACCGAACAUUUGAACAUUGCCCACUUCCUCCCCACUCGUCCGUACGCCCCUGAGGUUUGGGAUAGUUGCAGGAAAAGAGCUGAAUUGGUAUAGUUGUAUUAGUAACAUGUCACGUAAGAUUUGAGACAGUAUGAUUUCAAGAUUAAUUCAUUUUAUGCCAAGUCUGGAAUUGGCAAUAAGAUUUGUCAAAGAAUUUUGAAAUCAAUCGCACGAUCAAAAUUGUAACCUUUGCUUUAAUUUUACUGCAGUAUACUUAAUGAAAUAUUUGUACUCUUCGAGCCCAACUGAAUUCAUGCAGUGGUUAGUGAUAUUUUCACCAAUUAAUCCUUAAUUAACUAUUUUUAUAUCACUAGCGACGCUACUUGAAUAAAGGAAUACCAAAUCGUUUUCCGUGCAGGAUAGCGUCUUCCAUGCACGCGGGGUGUUGCGAGACUUUCGGGAAGAGUAAAAAACACGGGCCGCAUGCGACUCCGAACGCUUUACGCUUUCUUGAUGAGAACAUUCGUAUUCUUCAACAAUUUAAAAUAAAAUAAUGAUAUUUGGUGAGAAAAUUAAACUUAUAGUUUAUGUAAGUCUGCAUGAUUUUGUAUCAGAUAUACAAACUCUUUCACGCUCAUGAUUUCCUUUGCGUUUUCGUCAUGAAUAAUUGAUGAGUUUUACAACCAAGCUUACACCAUCAGCUAUAUCAUAUAAACACACAGUAUAUAUGAAGAAAUCGAUGUCCAAUAGAUUCCUUAUGCAAAGAAUAAUAUUAAAACAAAAUGAAUAAUAUUGAUUGAAGUUCUCAAACAAGAGACAGUUCACCGUUCAUUGUUUUCCGGUCAUAUUCGGCAAUUUUUGGCCCAGUACAGCAGGGCUCAUUUUACAGCGGAUUUCCAAUGAAAACACACAGUGAACCAGCACAUGUGGGAGAAAAUACGCCAAAUUUUACCAACGCCCGUCGUUUUAGGGUCAACCUUCACACAAUGUUAGUUAG